CAAAAUGACUAUCGCUUCAGGAACUGCCGUUAAACUUGUUACCAACCCAAACUUCAGACCAUCUGCCUCAGCUCAGAUUUAUCGUGUAGUGCAGAAUAAACUUCGUCACUUCAAUCAUAACACCGUUGUCAGUAUCAAAGCUGCCAUUGGUGUCUCAGCAACAGGCGAUGUACCGGUCACAGAUGAUGGCACUGACGUUGAAUACUACGCAAACGUAUCCAUUGGUACUCCCAAGCAAAACUUCAAGCUGGAUUUUGAUACUGGAUCCAGUGAUCUGUGGUUCUGUAGCACUCUUGGAGACUCCACUGAGUCUGGAAAGAACAAAUAUGAUCCCACAAAAUCAAGCACAUACAAAAAGGACGGCAGACCAUGGAAGAUUUCAUACGGCGACGGCUCAACAUCCUCUGGUGUUCUAGGUACUGACACCCUGUAUCUUGGAGAUCUUGCCAUAAAGAACCAGACUAUUGAAUUGGCAAAGACCAUCUCGGACUCUUUUAGCUCUGGACCUAUCGAUGGUCUUCUUGGCUUGGCUUUCGACACCAUCACUACUGUGCAAGGAGUGAAAACACCAACCGAUAACCUGGUUUCGCAAAACUUGAUCAACCAACCCAUCUUUGGAGUGUUCCUCGGCAAGGAAAAGAAUGGAGGUGGUGUCGACAACUCCCAAGGGUUCUGGGGUAUCACUGUAGAUGACUUGGCUGCUGGAAGCACUUCAACGGGUUCAUUCUCGGGAAUUCUGGAUACUGGAACCACUCUUCUUCUUCUUCCUCAACAGCAGGCUGAUCAAAUCGCUCAACAAUUUAAUGCCACUAACAACGGUGAUGGAACUUAUACUCUCCCAGACGACACCUCUAACUUGUCCGACUUGACAUUCACUAUCAACGGUGCCACCUUCACCGUUCCCUCUUCUGACUUGGUCUUCGAACAAUAUCAGGGAAAGAACAUUGCUGCUUUCGGUUCGGCUGGUAUGGAUUUCGCCAUCCUUGGUGACGUCUUCCUCAAGAACAACUACUGCAUUUUCAACACCGCUGACCCCAGUGUGCAAAUUGCACCAUUGGCAGGCGAUGUAUAAAAACUAUAUCUAACAAACAUAUUUUUUUGCAUGCUCUCCAACAUGGAUAUUACUUUAUCUAAGGCAUGUCAUAUUAUCAAUAAAGUUAUAAAUGAGUAUUGAGAGCACA